CAACCCUGCUACUUUUGUUGUGGGUUGUUGUGGUUGUGGGUAUGAUUUUUCAUCUGCCGCUGUGGGCGACUAAUGUUCAUUUGCGUCAAGCUUCUUCAUAAAAAAUGACAGAUAAAGAAAGCAAAGAAAGAGAAAUCAAAAAUCCUUAUCCUGAUUAUAAUGAUAGAGUUAAACUAUAUAAUUUUGAAGAAAACAAGCUAAUUGAUGAAAUACAAAAGCCACUUUUUGAAAAUGUAUACAUACUGCUUCACACAUUAGAAAAACAUCUAAGUACUGAACACGAUUGGAAUGAUCACAGUGUUUAUACUGGAACUUCAGGUAUUGCUUUAUUGUACAUGCGUUUUGCUGAUAUCAAAGUAUGUGAAGGAAAAAAAGACUAUUUAAAGGAUGCUUUGUCAUAUGUUGAGCCUAUAAUCCCAUACCUGAAGAAGAAACGUUACUCCUUCUUAUGUGGUGUAACAGGUCCACUAGCAAUUGCUUCUGUAUUGUUCCAUAGACUGGGCAUGGAAAACGAAAGUAUGGAUUUAUCAAGGAGGUUAGAAAAUCUUGAACGAGAUGUAUGCUCUCCAUCGAGUGAUUGUCCCGAUGAGCUUCUUUAUGGGCGUGCUGGUUAUUUAUAUUCUCUUUUGUUUCUCAACAAACACGUGCCUAAUGCUGAUGAAUUCAGAGAAGAUUCAAUUAAAGAGGUUGUAGCAGCGAUCCUUCGAUCAGGAAAGAGAAUGGCCCAGAAAUUUAAAAACACUGAUAAAAUUCCCUUAUAUUUUGAGUGGCAUGAGAAACCUUAUGUUGGAAGUGCACAUGGCUUUUCAGGGAUACUUUAUAUGCUCUUGCAGGCAAGACAUUAUAUUAGUGAUGAAGAUUUGAAUCAAUAUAUUCGUCCAACAAUUGAAUAUGUAUUGAAUCUGCAAUUUCCAUCUGGAAAUUUUCCUUCAUCUCUUGGAAAUACUACAGACAAAUUAGUUCACUGGUGCCAUGGAGCUCCUGGUGUAAUCCACCUGCUUUUACUUUCUUAUGAAGUUUUUAAUGAAGACAAGUAUUUAAUAGCUGCUAAAAAGUGUAGUGAUAUUAUAUGGGAAAAAGGACUCCUUAAGAAAGGUUAUGGUAUAUGUCAUGGCGUUGCAGGAAAUGGUUAUGCUCAGUUACGACUUUUUCAAGUGACAAAAGAUGAAAAAUACUUGUAUCGAGCAGUGAAGUUUGCUGAAUGGUGCUUUGAUUAUGGGAAACAUGGCUGUAGAGUUCCAGAUAGACCUUUGUCACUUUUUGAAGGAUUUGCUGGCACAGUCUAUUAUCUGCUUGAUUUACUUGAACCAUUAAAUUCUGCUUUUCCAGCAUUUCAGCUGUUUUAGAUACUCUGUUAAAAAUGUUGAAUGCAUGUGUAAAUAGCAUUAUUUGUUACAUCCAAACUCAUUCCAUUAAACUUGUGUUAAUUGUGUGCAUCAAUAAUUAAUGUGCAUUCGACUUUCUUUGAAAAUUUAGAUUUUUUUCCUUUUUUUUUUUUUUUUUUGCUCUUCAACUGCUUUGAUUUGUAUCAACAUAAAAGCUUUAAGUUGGGAGUUCAUUGUC